AUGAUGACUCGGUUAUAUGCCAUGUAUCAGCAAUCCAGAACGGUGGUGAUACUUCUCAUUGUCGUCUUACUAGCUGUCACCAUCGCCAAUGGAGUGAUCAACGAAAUAGUAACUAGGCAUACCUCAGGAGAGGUGUACAUUCUCUUUGGCACCUAUGAGUGUGCUAUUGACUAUGCGGAAAAUGACCAACUUCUGAGUCCCAUGACUUGGAUACUCUCCACUAUAUGGGAGGUCCUCGCACUGUGUCUCGCAGUCUGGAUUGCUGUAAAACAUUUUCGUGAACUGCGACGAUCAUCUACAGGAGGGAUUAUCGGGGACUGUUUUACGGUGUUGGUGAAAACUCACGUGGUCUACUUUACGAGCUUUGUUGCUGGUUCUUGCUUCCAGCUCGGUUAUUUGUUCUCAAUCAUCUCAGCGAACCCAUAUUCCUUGCAAAAUCAGAUUUUUGCCGGUAUCUCUCAAAUUUUCUUGCUCGUGCGGUUGUUUGUGCUGGGACCGCGCCUGAUCCUUGGCGUUCGGGAAUACAACGCUAAGCUCGUGGACGAUUCUGAUGCAGCAACCGCUAUGACUUCUAUUGCUUUCCAGGAGCGUCUUGGGCUGGCAGUCGCUAACCAGUUCUUGAGGGAGUGGAAGAAUUUACCAUGGGAUUACGCAACGACUGCAUGGGCUGCAAAGGACUCGUCAGACCCUAAAGCAGGCUUCUCAUACACUACUCAAACUUGGCAGGAGAUCGAUGACGGGGAAAACAAGGGAUGUAACUGGUGCGAUAUUCUCUGGGGAGAGAUUCCUGUUUGGUAUCAAAACCGCAAGAAAAAGGAAUUGCCCAUGCCAGAGGAGACUUUCAAAAUAACUGUACGGUUCGAAAAACAAAAUUCAGAAGACAACAUUGUCCUGAAAGUCGUGGUUGAGGACGACUGGCCCCCCACGUAUCAGGUGGAAUGCGACCCAGACGACAAUGCGGCUGCCCUUGUCCCUGGCAGAAAGCUAGUUUGGCAGAAAACAAGCCUUCCGACCCGUGUCAUAGAUUGCUCGAAUCCAGAGCAGCCAAGACUUGUUCUUACCAAAGGCAUGCAAGGCUUUUACACAGCACUGAGUUACGUUUGGGGUGAACCGCAGCCACACAGCCUCUGCACCACCAACCUCUCUACAUACCUGGAAUCGAUCGAUGUUCUCCUCCUUCCGAAAACCAUCAUAGAUGCCAUCGUUUGUACCCACAAUCUCAAUCUCCGUUAUCUUUGGGCGGAUACCUUGUGUAUUUUGCAAGAUUCGGACGAAGACAAACAGUGCGAGAUUCCACAGAUGUGUGACAUCUACCAAGGUGCAUACGUGACGAUUAUCGCCGCCAGUUCGCAAAAAGUCAGCGAAGGAUUUCUCCACAACCGCAAAAGACCAAUUGAAACACUACUACCAUUCUGGUGCCCUGACGGGAAGCUCGGUACUAUCUCAGUUGACGACACUGAGAGUGCAGACCCAUCAAAAGAACCAGUGAAUCGCCGAGCUUGGUGUUUCCAAGAGCGCCUCCUUUCCCCCAGGACCUUGGUAUACGCUUCGCACACUCUCCAGUAUCAAUGUCAAGCAGCAAUGAAUGACAUCGGAGACAUCUGGAAUUAUCUUCCCUCGAAAGAACUGGGCGAAUUGCGUUUGCCAGAUGUGAUGAUGUCGCGCAUACCAUAUGGCACGCUUUCGAGUGAUGAUGUGCCAGCGCUAUUGGCAGCCUGGGAGGGUGUCCUAUCCGACUACACGCAACGAGCUGUCUCACAUCCCUCUGACAGACUCGUGGCAAUCUCAGGAAUCGCUCAGCUUUUCCAGCAUCGGUGGGGAAAUAGCAACCGAUACAUUGCUGGGUUGUGGGAACGGAAUUUGUCCGCAGACCUCCUGUGGUACAGACAUAGCCCGUCCUACGGAAGUCUCGUUACAGGGCACUAUCUUGCACCAUCGUGGUCCUGGGCUGCCACGAUUGGAUGGGUCGUUGCCGGAUCGAACAAAAAAGUUGGAAACAUUAUAUGGAACGUACAAUCAUGUGAAGCCAUCCCAGUUUCCGACAAUCACCCUCUUGGCCAGGUGAAAGGCGGCAGGUUAAUUGUUAGAGCCAUCGUAAGAGACGUGACCUGGGACCCCACAGAGCCCGAGCUGUUCGAGCUGAAGCAACCAUGUACUUCAAUGGCGAAGACAGCUGGAGAGCCCGAUGGAGCACGAAGCUUGCAAGCUCCAGCUGCUGAGGAUGGUGAUGCCACUAUUGGUGCGGGGCUAGCGGUUGAAGAAGAUCAAAUCGAAAACACUACCCAUCCAAAUGUCAACCCCACUUCUGCAUCUCCCGUAGAACACGUCGAUAUUCGAGCGUGCGAUAGCGAGCAAGGCAACAACGGAGUGAAGCCCAUAAAUAUAGGUCGUUCCUUCAUGGCAAACUUGUUCUCAAAGCUGGUGUCAUGCCUCGUACGUCGGGAAAACGCGCAUGUCGACGAUAACGCAUCCACAAAACGGCUUGCUGCGACUUCGCGGCUACAACACGACAUUCGGGCGGAAACGAUGACAUCGCAUGACCAUCCAAUGAACACGGCCACAACUCCGGAAGAGAGCCUGAUCACGAAGGAUCAACCUAGCCUUGCUAGAACGAGUCAAUCCAGCGAAGUUACCGUGCCACCGAAAGGCCGAGAACGACACAUCGAGGUCGGAGCUGACAAGGGCAAAGCUGUCGUGGUCAGCUCUGACAAAGAUGAGAACGCAGGUCACUUGACGGGCUUGAUUGUCGUUCCUGCAGAGAGCGUCACAGGAGAGUUCCGCCGUGUGGGCCUAUUCCAUGUUGAUGGGAGGUUCUACGAUGAUGAUGAAGCUCCUUACUGUGACAUAAGGUCAUGGCUGGAUACACCUACUGAGGUCAUUACGAUAAUUUGA